CCGACAGGCAGAGCCCGGGGAGUUGGCGCUUUGCUCCGCCUGCGCCCCAGGGCUGCCCGGGCGGCGCGGCGGCACUGCCGGGCGGGGGCGCUGUUCGCUCGUAGCAGCGUCCCCGCGCCGAGGCCACCGCACCUCCCUCGGCACUAACUGGUCCAGCCCCGCCAAGUUGUGCAAAACCCCCAGCGGAGCGAGAGCCGGCCACGAGCAGCGCGCGGCAAGGAGAGGACGGCGCGCUCGGCCGCAGCGGGCGUCGGAGGAGCCGCGGGGAGCACUCCCGGGCCCCGCGAGCGGGUGGUCCCGGGCGCCCAGCUCGGCGCGGCCGCACCUGUUUCCUCCCGCGCCGGCGCCGUCUGCACCCCCACGCCCGGCUCGCACGAUGAACCUGGCGCUGGGCAACCAGACCGAGGUGGCCGGCCUGCUGCUGGCCAACGGCAGCGAGGCGCUGGGGCGCGCCGUGCGCUGCUGCACCCAGGCGUCCGUGGUGACCGACGACGGCGUCGCCGAGGGCGGCCCGGACGAGCGCAGCCUGUACAUCAUGCGCGUGGUGCAGAUCGCCGUCAUGUGCGUGCUCUCGCUCACCGUGGUCUUCGGCAUCUUCUUCCUCGGCUGCAACCUCCUCAUCAAGUCUGAGGGCAUGAUCAACUUCCUGGUGAAGGACCGGAGGCCGUCGAAGGAAGUGGAAGCGGUGGUGGUGGGGCCUUACUGACCCGGCCCUCGGGGGCCCCGCCGCCGCCGCCGCCGCGCUCCUCCCUUCCCCCAACUUCGCCGUACCCCUUCCUCGACACUGGGCGCAGCAAACCUGUCGUCGGAGUCGAUAUUUGUCCUUCUCUCGAGUUGCACCGGUCGA